AUGUCAAAUAAUAAUAUAAAUGAUUUAUUUGAGAGUAAUGAAGGAGAUGGUAAUGAUUUUUUCAGUUCAUUAAAUAAUUCAGAUCACGAAAUCACUUUAGAUAAAAGAAAUGCUGAUUUUUUCAAUUCAUUAAAUGAAGGUAAUAAGGAAGAAACAAAUGUUGAACGUGAUUUUUUCAAUUCAUUAAAUGAAGGUAAUAAAGAAGAAACAAAUGUUGAACCUGAUUUUUUCAAUUCUUUGGCUAUUAAGAAAGAUAAUGAACAAGAGAAAAGUCAAGAAAAAGAACCAGGUCAAGAUGAUGAUGAUGAUUUUUUCAAUUCAUUGAAUAAUAAGCAAGUAGAAGCCCAUGAUCAAGUUGAUUCAAAUAUAAACGAAGAUCUUCUAGAAAGUUUAAAAGAUGAUGAUAUAUUACAAGAGGAGCAUCAGGAACCAGUAAAUCACUUUGAUAAUUAUGAAGAAAAUCAAGAAGAAAUUUAUGAAGAUCAUAAUAAUCAGGAACAUCAAAAUACUGAUCAUGAACAACAUCAGGAUUAUUAUAGAAAUUACAACCAGCAGAAUUAUGAGCAACACCACGUUAAUGACGAAAGCUUUGAACAACAAAGUCAUGAACAACAACCAUAUGCUCAAUCAGAUCAUAAUGAUUAUAUGUAUAAUCAUCAACAAUCUCAAUUUUCAGAUUAUUCAUUUCCUCUAAGAUCAAAAGAUGAUGAAAAUUCAUCAAUUGAAGCAGUACUAUUAAGUGAAAAUACAGAAUUAAAACAAGGUUUAAUAAACAGUGAUAAUCAUAAUGUUGAUGAAGAUCUCAUGCCGUCAACUUCCCAACCUGAAGAAUUAAUACCUGUUGAACAUGAAGAAGUUAUUGAAUACGAACCAUUACCACAAAAUUCAAAUGAAAAUGCUGGAGAAAAAUUAGAAACUAAACAAAUUGAUAAUCUAUUUCCAGAUGAAGAAGAUGGUGAUUUUUUAGAAGAUUUAAAACAAGAAGAUAAAGUUAUAGAUAAAUUAGCUGAUUUAAAUUUAGAUGAUGAUUUACAACAAGAAGAUAAAGUUACUGAUAAAUUAGCUGAUUUAGAUUUUGAUGAUGAUUUAUUACUAGAUGAAGAAUUUUUAGAAGAAGAAGAUAUGCCGGAGGAACCAAUACAACAAACAAAGAAAUAUAGUUAUGUACCUGAUGUAGGAUACCAACAACCAAAGCAAACACUGCAACAACAACAACCACAACAAUCACAACAGCCAACAACCCAAAAUGAUUUUAUCAAAAAAUUGGAAGAAUCAAAAAGGAAGAAUGAUGCUUAUGAUUUCCCUGAUGAAUUAGUUGUAAAUAAAGUAAAACCAGCUGCAAGACAUCAUCAAUCAAAUAAAUAUGCAUCAACAGUUAACAAAACAUCACUAAGUCAAGUUCCACCAUCACCAAGAGAUGUAACACCAACCAAUCAGCCUGCAUAUUUAAAUGUUCCAUCACCAACAACUUCAAAUGUUCCAGUUCCAUCUUCAAAUUUACCACCUAAAAAACCAACAACCACUAAAUCAUUUUUUGAAGAUUUACCAGGUCAUGAAAUUGUUAAACCUAAACGUGCUGCAAGAACAGCUACUCCCGUAAAACCAACAAUUGGUAAAUCAGCUAUGAUGCAAAAUAAAUCUCCACAAAUUUCAAAUUCAGCACCAGUUUUAAAAUCAAAAAAACCACCAAUUAAUCCAUAUCAACCUAAAUCAGGAACUUCACCAAUUUUUCAACAACAUAUUUCAAAUACAGGACAUUCAGGAAUUGCAAAACCACCAAUUGUUCCAAAUUUAUCACCUCAAAAUCAACCAAUAAAUAUUCAACCAAUAACCGCGUUUCCACCUGUAAAACAACAACAACCAGCACCUGUAAAUACAAGAUUACCUAAUGUUCCAUCAACAACUAGCCCUUAUGUACCUAAUGCUGGACCAUAUGCACCACAAAAUCAAUCACAAAAGACUCAUUCAAGAGCAAAUUCAUUAGUUGGAAAUAAAGGAAAUAAUCCAUAUGCACCAGCUUUGACUCCAGUUAUAUCAAAUAAUCAAACAGCAUCAGCAUCACCACCUAUAACUCAUGCAGUUCUACCACCUGGUAGAGUAAGAGGUUUUACAAAUAAUUCCAAAAAUAUUUAUAAAGCAGUUCCAAAAAUUACGAAUCCAGAAGAAUUCAAUAAACGUCAAUUUCCAAUUUUUAAUUGGACUAUUGGAAAUGGAACAGUAUUAGUCAUGCCUAAUAAAAAUUUACAUCCUGUUAUUUCAAUAGAUUCAAUUUCGAAAUAUUUAAAAGAUUCAGAUUUAUAUUUAAAUUUCCCAGGUCCAUUAAUUAAAAAUAAGACAAAGAAGAAAGAUAUUAUAAAUUGGUUAGAAAACGUAUCUUCGAAAUGUUUAAUAGAACAAGGAAGAACAAAUGAGUUAUUAUUAAAUAAUAUUUUAUUAGAAUUAAUUCAUAAAGAUGGAGAUGUUAAAAAUAAAGAAUUUAUUCAAAAAGUAUGUUUAUUAUUAAAUCCAAAUAUAAAUUUAAAUACCGAAUUGAUUUCAACAAGUGGAGGUACUACAACAAGCUAUAAAUUAGAUAAUUCAGGAUAUAACACAAUUUUCACAUUAUUACAAUCUGGUAACAUAGAUAAAGCAAUUGAAUAUUCAAUUAGCAAAGGUGAUUGGUCAAUUGCUUUAGUUUUAGCAGGACCUGAAAAAUUUGGUAAAAUUGCUUCUGAUUAUGCUAGAAAUACAUUUCCAUUUGCAAAAUCAAAUAAUAAUAAAGUAUUACAUAUUAUGCCAAUUAUUUUAAAAAUAAUUGCAGGAAAUGUAGAUAGUGUAAUUCAAGAUUUUAAUAAUGUAUCUAAUGAAUCCGAAUUUGCAAAUGAAAAUUGGAAAGAAAUUAUUGCAAGUAUAUUAGCUACUAAUUCUUACAAAACAAAUGAGUUCCUUAUUGAAUUUGGGAAAUUUUUACAAUCAAAAUCAAAUUUAUUAGGUGCUGAAAUUUGUUUCAUUAUUACAAAUUCUCCAUUUAAUCAACAAAUUAAUUUUAUGGCAAUUACAUCGGGUCAUAAUUCAAUGUAUACACAAAUUUAUGAAUAUUUAACAUGUGGAAAUUAUCCUCAUUUAAUUUCAAUUAAAUUAAAACAUGCAAGUACUUUAGCUGAUUAUGGAUAUAUUAAUGAUUCUCAAAAAUAUAUUGAUUUUAUAAAUUCAAAUAUUAAAAGUUUAAAUAAAAAUUCUCCAUUUAUUACCCAAAACUUAUUAACUGAGUUUCAAAAUUUAAUAAUUAGAAUAAGCGAAUCUGGUGAAAUUUCAAAUGAUCAAAAUUCUUGGUUUGGUAAAAGUAAAGUUAAUUUAGAUAAAAUUUGGGGCCAAAUUGAUAAAUUUAUAAUUGGAGAAGAAGGAAAUAAAUCAAAAAUUAAAACAAAUUCUGAAAAUGGUGUAUUUAGUAAAUUUUCACCAGCAGUUUCAAGAAAUGCAUCACAAUUAGAUUUAUCUUCACCAUCACCAUUAUUGAAACAAGAUUCAAAAUUUCAUCCUGUUCAACCUCCAUUAACUUCUUAUAAUUCAACGGGGACUGACAAAUAUUCUCCAAUUAAUAAAGUAGGUAGAAGUCCAUUUCAAGCUCAACCAUCAACUUUUGUUAAUAAUUUUGAAAAAUCAAUGUCUAGUACUAGUCCAUUAAUUAAUAAAGCUCAACCAUAUAUUCAACCAAAUUACAGUUCAAGUUCAAUUAAUUCAGCACAACCAUCACAUGUUAAACAACCAUCAAUAUCAAGUGUAAUUUCAAUUGAAAGUGAAGAUAAUAAAGAAAAAGAUAAUUUUAAAAAAUUAUUAAAUCAACCUGAUACAAUUAAUGAAUUUCCAGAAUUAAAAGAAACUAAACCUAAUAUUGAAAUUGAAUCAGAAGAACAAUUGAAACCACCAUUCAAAGAAAAAACAACAACUGCUCCACCUCCACCUCCAUUGAAAACGAAACCAUCAAAAAAUCCAUAUGCUCCUAAUUCACAACCAAAAUUGAAACCAAAAAGAAGUAGAUACGGGCCACCAGAAACAACUACAAGUCAUAUUCCUGCUCCUGCUCCCGUACCUAUUGCUGCAUCACCGGUUCAAGAAAAAAAUUUAAAUAUAGAUGAUUCAUUUGAAAAUACAGAAAAUACUUCAAUGAUUGAUGCUAAACCAUUAUUACUCAAUUUUGAAUCAAAUCAAUUAGAUGGUUUCCCAAUUCCAGGAUCACCUGAAUAUACAACAAGAGCAAAUUCAGUUUUAGGAGCUCAUCCAAAUAUUUAUUCAUCAAGAUUAUCUCAAUCUCAACAAAGUGCAUUAUAUCAACAAUAUGAAGUUAUGGAUGAUACUGUAAGAGAUUAUAUUCCAAUUCAAGAAGAAGACGAAGAAGAAGAAUCAAAACCAAAAGAACAACCAAAGAAAGAAGAACCAAAGAAAACAAUAGUUAGAAAAGAAUCCACUUGGUUUAAAAUGUUUAAAAAAGAUGAUGGUAAACCAAAACCAAUUAGAGCUAAAUUGGGUGAAAAAGUUAAUCCAUUUUAUUAUGAUGAAAAACAUAAACGUUGGUUAGAUAGAACUAAACCAAUUGAAGAACAAUUAAAAGUUGGACAAACUCCACCACCACCUUUAAGUAUAAAAAAACCAAAAUCACCAACACAAACACAAACACAACCACCACAUGCUACUAGUCAAUUAUUACCACCUAAAGUUUCAACUAGUGUAUCUACCCCAACUACUACUGAAUCAAAUACAAAUAGUGGUCCUCCUAUGCCACUACCAAAACCGAAAAUUUCCAAACCUAAAACUACUUCAAAUUUGGCUAAUGCUGGAUUAGAUGAUUUAUUAUCAAUGUCAGAAACAUCAAUUCCAAAAAGAAAUAAAAGAGGAAUUCGUAGAAAUUAUGUAAAUGUAAUGGAAAAAUAA